UUUCUGCCCACCACGCCCCUCGCACCGCUGCCCUCCGGUGGAAGUUCCGAAGGCCCAACAUGGCGUUGCUGGCUCGUGGGUUCUUUGCUCGGGGGUCUCAGCUACCCUGUGGCCUCAGUCCUUGGAGGCAUCACAGAUGGGUUAGAAUGAGCAGAACUUGGAAGCUGGAGUAUGGUUAAGAAAUACCACAUGGGCUGGUUGGUGGUGCAGUGGUAAAACAUAAUGCCCUGCAAGGCAAUUCCAUAUUGGAAGGUUCUGGGUUCCCACUUGGAGACUCUUCAAGUAUGCCGUUUUUCAGUAAUGGAACAAAAAUAUUAUAUCAAAACACUGAAGCUUCGCAAUCAAAAUUCUUUCCACCCCUUCAAAAAGCGAUGCUACCACCUAAUAGUUUUCAAGGAAAAGCGGUGUUCAUUACUGGGGGAGGUACUGGCCUUGGGAAAGGAAUGACAACUCUUCUGUCCAGCCUAGGAGCUCAGUGUGUGAUAGCCAGCCGGAAGAUUGAUGUUCUGAAAGCCACUGCAGAACAAAUUUCUUCUCAAACUGGUAAUAAGGUUCAUGCAAUUCAAUGUGAUGUGAGGGAUCCUGAGAUGGUUCAAAACACUGUGACAGAAAUGAUCAAAGUCGUAGGAUAUCCUGAUAUUGUGAUAAACAAUGCAGCAGGGAAUUUUAUUUCUCCCACUGAAAGACUCUCUCCUAACGCCUGGAAGACCAUAACUGACAUAGUUCUAAAUGGCACUGCUUUUGUGACACUAGAAGUUGGAAAGCACUUAAUUAAAGCGAAGAAAGGAGCAGCUUUUCUGGGUAUUACAACCAUCUAUGCUGAGACAGGCUCAGGUUUUGUAGUGCCGAGUGCUUCCGCCAAAGCAGGUGUGGAAGCAAUGUACAAAUCUCUUGCAGCUGAAUGGGGUAAAUAUGGACUGCGGUUCAACCUGAUUCAACCGGGGCCUAUAAAAACAAAAGGUGCCUUUAGCCGUCUAGACCCAACUGGAGCAUUUGAGAAAGACAUGAUUGACAGAAUUCCCUGUGGCCGGCUGGGAACUGUGGAAGAACUUGCAAAUCUUGCUGCUUUUCUUUGUAGUGAUUAUGCUUCUUGGAUAAAUGGAGCGGUCAUUAGAUUUGAUGGUGGAGAGGAAGUACUUAUUUCAGGCGAAUUUAACAGCCUGAGGAAGGUCACCAAGGAACAGUGGGACACAAUUGAAGGACUGAUCAGGAAAACAAAAGGCUCCUAAGGCUUCAUCUUGAUUACAGAAAAAUCAAAGAAUAGAAAUGAUACAAACUGUCUAUAAUCUUUUGAAAAUUUUCAAGUCUAAUAAAUUGUUAAUAAAAAUUCAAUGAAUGCGCA